CUAUAUUCUGGAAAUCUUUUUUAUUUUAUUAAAAAUAAUGAAACGCUUUUGAAUAAACAUUUGCAAAGAGUUGACAAACAUAUCGAUUCGUAUAAAAAGGAUUUCGACGCCAACAUAUGUGCGGACGACUACUUAACCGCUCUCUUCUUUAGAGCAGUUUUUCUCAAACUUCAAGGAAAUCUGGAGGAAGCGAAACAAUGUCUUCAUAUCAUAUUAAACGCAGAAUUACGGAUUGAACGCGAGUUCUCAAUACCUCCGCAAACUGUACUGGAAUUGGGUUUAAUAGAGAUGGAGCUCAACAACAAAGAUGAGGCCAAGAGAUUGCUUAACAGAGUUAUCAAAGACUAUUCGGCAUAUCUUCGGGAAAAUUUCGUCCAUUUGAGAGUAUAUGCGGCGCUCAGAGAGCUCGGCGUCAGUACUGAUAAGGAAACUGAAGAUCAAAUCAAAAUGCAAGAAUAUGGAAAAGAAUGGCUCAAAGACUUAGAGGUAGAGGAGAAGAGCUAUGAAAAUAUCAUGAAAAAGGAUCGAUUAGUGUUGAAACUGGACUGCAAUUAACUAUUAGUCGCGAAAUUUUCUCA